CUAUGUGAUAGAGAAUCGUUUGAUCAACACCACUCACGGUGUGAUUAGCUUUCAUUGACUUAGAACCUCCACUAUUUACUGUUGAUGAUGCGGUGUAUACGAAGAUCUGUGUGUCACGAUGGGCAUGUUGUCAAAUUUACCGAGGAAAAUGUUGAAAUACCCAAAGCUGGUGACAAUGAGAUUGUUGUUAAAGUGAAAGCUUGUGGUCUCUCCUAUGUCAAAAAUAAAGUAUUGUCAGAAAUGUUUAAAAAGGUAAAACUGGAUUCUUGUAUUGCUGGUGAAGACGUAUCUGGUGUAGUCACUCAAGUCGGUGUGUGUGUUACGAGCUUCCAGGAAGGUGAUGCUGUUGUCGGUAUUCUUCCUCUCGAUAGCUGCUUCUCUGGAUGUGGUGAAUAUUGUGUGUUCGCUGAAUAUGACCUGGUGAAAAAGCCGGAACAUGUUGAGUUUGUAGAUGCGGCUGCAACAAUUGGAGACUGUGUACGUGCAUACACAGCUCUCCACUACCAGGCCCAGGUGUGUGCGGGGGACACCCUUCUGGUGCUUGACGGGGCCACAUCGUUCGGGAGUAUUGCUGUACAGCUCGCUCAACAGUGGGGUGCCAAGGUUAUGUCUACGUACAGCAGUCCAGCAGAAAGACAGCACUUGGAAUGCAUGCAGCCUCCCGUUGCGCAGGUGAUAGAGUUGAGUAAGAAGAACAACAUCUUAGUGAGCAGUGUGAUGGAGGAGACCGGGGGAGUGGGCAUCGACUGUGUUGUUGAUAAUGGAGUUCGAAUGUUUACAAAUGAAGAGGACAUAGCUUUGCAGGAAGAAUCGUCUCCCUAUCCUCAGCCACACAAGAAUGAUGUCAUUUCCUGUCUGGGGUUUGGUGGAAAGUGGAUUACCUCACAACCUGACCUUCAGCUUGACCCACCAGACACGCAACAGUUGUUUUUGAGAGGAGCAAGUGUCAACUUCCUGUUUCACCAAGCGUGGGUGCUGACAUCUGCUCAACAAGGUCGAUAUCAGCAUAUUUUGCAAGAUUCUAUGGAUAAAUUAGACAAAGGUUUAAUUAGGUGCAAAAUAGCAAAGACAGUGACAUUCGAUGAAGUUUUAGAAACCAUGCAAAGUUUAGAAGAUGUUCGGCUUGGAAAAGUGGUUCUCAAAAUGUAGAAUGGAAAUCGGGACCAGACAUUUGAAAAUAUCAUAAAGGAUUAAAUGGGUUUUUUUUUUUUUUUUAAUGUGUUGUUGUGUGGGUACAUGAAUAUGAUUUAUUAAAUUCUUCAAUAUGAGUGUAAAUAAAUAGUUUUUUUGCAUCAGUUUAAUGAAGAACAUAGUGUAAAAUGUGUUAAAAAUACAUUUUGUGGUCCACAUAAGCAUAAAAGACUGGAACCAAACCUCAAAUUCGGGAAAAAAUUAUACAAAUAUUUGAGCAAAAUAUGCUAACCUGAUACCUUUUUACCAUGUAUUUCCAUCAUUCUACCCUCAAAAUUAGUUGUAAUCCAUGUAAAACUACAUAAUGACUUGUUUGCAACCCUAUAUACAGGGGUGCAUAGAUGGCAAAUAUUUAACUAGCCAGCUGCACCAGAACCAACUAAAUAUUAUUAGCCCACUAGAAUUUUUACUAGUCCGCCAAUCUAUAGAACAAUAUAUUAUUAACAAUAUUAUAAUAUACACUGUGUUCACUUCAAAUGUAAUAUAUAGAUAUAUUGACAAAACAUUAUUAAUAAGACUUGGUAAGUGAUCAACAUCACGUAUCAAAAAAAAGAAGAAAAAAAAGAAGAGAUAGACCGUCGGGCUGGUAGUUGCACUUUUUAAAUCGUCCGUAGGACGUUUUACUCGCAUUUGGCGAGUGGGCGAGUACUUUCUGCAGCCCUGUAUAUAGCUGUUUGGUAGUAAUGCUAAUAUGAAUAAAUGUUAUGCAGAUU